AUGAAGUUGGACGUAAAGCGACAGCUGUUCGCCCGCUCGGAAAGAGUGAAGGGCAUUGACUUCCACGUUACCGAGCCAUGGAUCCUCACGACCCUCUACAGCGGCCAUGUGUACAUAUGGUCCUACGAAACCCAGUCCAUCAUCAAGACCUUCGAGCUCACAGAUGUCCCUGUGCGCGCCGGCCGGUUCGUCGCCCGCAAGAACUGGAUCGUCUGUGGCAGCGAUGACUUCCAGCUGCGGGUCUACAACUACAACACCUCCGAGAAGAUCACCUCCUUCGAAGCACACCCUGACUACAUCCGCGCGAUCGCUGUCCACCCCACCAAUCCCUUCGUUCUGACCGCCUCAGAUGACAUGACAAUAAAACUGUGGGAUUGGGACAGGCAAUGGAAGUGCGUGCAGGUCUUUGAGGGGCACAGCCAUUAUGUGAUGGGGUUGGCGAUCAAUCCCAAAGACACCAAUACGUUUGCAUCAGCAUGUUUGGACCGGACGGUGAAGAUAUGGAAUCUGGGGAGCGGGACACCGAAUUUUACACUGGAGGCACAUGACGCGAAGGGUGUGAAUCAUGUGGACUACUACCCGCAGAGCGACAAGCCGUACCUCCUCACCACUUCCGACGACCGGACGGUGAAGAUUUGGGACUACACUACGAAAGCUCUCAUCGCGACAUUGGAGGGGCAUACGAGCAAUGUAUCCUUUGCCUGCUUCCACCCCGAGCUGCCUGUCAUCAUCUCUGGCUCUGAAGAUGGAACUGUCAAGAUCUGGCACGCCAACACUUACCGACUCGAGCAGUCUUUGUCGUAUGGUCUGGAGCGUGCUUGGUGUGUUUCAUAUCAGCGCGGCCGGCAAGGCAUUGCCAUGGGUUUCGAUGAUGGUGCGGUAGUUGUGAAGAUGGGCCGUGAGGAGCCUGCAGUCAGCAUGGACAACUCUGGCAAGAUCAUCUACGCACGGCAUUCCGAGAUCCUGACUUCCGUGCUCAAAGGCGGCGACAAGUCGCUGAAGGACGGUCAGCCCAUCACACUCCCCUCCAAGGAUCUCGGAAGCACCGAGAUAUACCCUCAGACUCUUCUCCACUCGCCAAACGGUCGAUUCGUCGCUGUGUGCGGUGACGGCGAAUACAUCAUCUACACUGCUUUGGCGCUGCGAAAUCAGGCGUUUGGCUCCGCUCUCGACUUUGCCUGGGCCAGCAAGGAGAACGACAAAGACUACGCCAUCCGGGAGUCGCAAUAUUCUGUGAAGACCUACCGGAACUUCAAGCCCAAAGGUGGUGACGGCAGCAUCAAUGUCGGCUACACUGCAGAUGGACUCAGUGGUGGCAUCCUUCUCGGUGUGAAAGGUCAGGGUGGCGUGGGCUUCUUUGACUGGGAGACUGGCAAGCUUGUCCGGCGCAUUGAAGUCGAGCCUCGCAGUGUGCACUGGUCGGAGAGUGGCGAGCUUGUCUGCCUGGCAUGUGAAGACACGUUCUACGUGCUGAGGUACUCUAGAGAGCAGUAUGUGGCGGCUGUACAGGCCGGGACGGUCGAGGACGAUGGUGUUGAGGAGGCUUUCGAAGUUGUCUGUGACAUCAAUGAGAGCGUUCGAACGGGUCAAUGGAUCGGUGACUGCUUCGUGUACACCAGCUCUACCAACCGCCUCAACUACCUCGUCGGUGACCAGACUUACACCAUCUCACAUUUCGACUCACCACAUUAUGUCCUCGGCUACCUGGCCCGCGAUGCCCGGGUGUAUGUCUGCGACAAGGAUGUCGCUGUCACGUCCUUCGCUCUUUCGGUGUCUGUCAUCGAGUAUCAGACUCUUGUGCUUCGUGGUGAUGUCGACGCAGCACAGGACAUGCUUCCGGAGAUACCAGAGGACCAGCGACCCAAGAUUGCUCGAUUCCUGGAAGGCCAAGGCUACAAGGAGUUGGCUCUUGAUGUAGCAACCGAGAAGGAGCACCGAUUCGAGUUGGCUCUUGGGCUGGGAAGACUGGACAUUGGACUUGAGCUGGCGCGUGAAGCGGACGUCGAGCACAAGUGGAAGACUGUCGGCGAUGCUGCGCUUGCCGCUUGGGAUGUGCGGUUGGCGGAGGAGUGCUUCCUGAAUGCGAAAGAUAUUGGAAGCUUGCUGUUGCUGUACAGCUCCAGCUCAAACCACGACGGCCUGCGAGAUCUGGCUUCCAAAGCGAAAGAAGCUGGACUGUGGAACGUGGCGUUCUCAUGUCUGUGGCAACUGGCUGACGUGGAUGGCUGUCUCGAUCUCCUGCUCUCAACAAACCGUACCGCGGAAGCCGUGCUGUUUGCACAGACAUACAAGCCGAGCAGGUGCAAAGCGAUUGUCUCCGAGUGGAAGUCUGGGCUUGAGAAGCAAGGCAAGGGUAAGGUCAGCAGGAUGCUCGGAAUGCCUCCUGGCCCUUCUGCUGCAGGUCUGGACGGCGACGGCGCGGGUGAGGAUGGAGACGAGGAUAUGUUCCCCGAAUGGAACGAGUAUCUCCGGUUGGAGAAGGAGGGUGGAAGCCAUGCCGACUUGAUCGAUGUGAAUGGUGCAGAUGGUGGUGAUGAUGUGGUUGCUGCGAAGCAAAAGGCGGCGCCGACGGAUGUUGACGAUGUGGAAGCAGCAGAUGGCCAGGAUGGAGAAGUGAGCCCGCAGACCGAGACUGAGGUUUAG